CAAUCGUCAAUGCCUGGGUUAUGUGUAAUCAUCAACAUCCAACUAGCAAGCUCACAAUUCUCCAAUUUAGAGAAAAACUAGCGAAAUAUUUCUAUCAGUGUGGCAGAGAAGAAUUGCAACCAGAACGGCCAAGAACUCCUAAAAGAUACCAUACCCAUACUGUAGGGGAAAACGAAAACAAAAAGAGGAGAAAAUGUGUAGGAUGCUACAAAUUACUAAGAAGAACAAUGAAUAGUCGCGAAGCUGACAACAAAGUAAAAAAAGUCUACACUCAUUGCAAGGAGUGCGCGGGGAAGCCGGCCUACUGCUUAAUAUCUGUAUCUACAAUGACCGAUCGACCAGCAAUCAAAUUUUGCAUUGUCGUCAGAAGAGGCCCAAGUUGUUUUCGAGAUACACAAAAUAGUACAACAUCAGGUCCGAGCAGUGCCUGGCCUAAUUCAAGCGGAACCCCCAAGCCGAAGUGA